AUGGCCUCCAAGAUUUGCAAGUUGAGCAGUUCCACAUGGUGGGCGCUGCUUGGUGGGAGCAGCGUCGCCGUGGUGGUGCUCAUUGGGUUGGUUCUGGGCUUGACGCUGUCGCGUGGCACCCGGCCAGACUGUACGGAUGAUGCAGUCUGCCGCCCCGAUGGCGACAUGCUGGACUACCUGCUGAGCCUGGGCCAGAUCAACCGCAAGGAUGGCCUGUUAGUCAGCUGGUACCACGGAGCCAACAGCCGACAGCAGAUGGAAGAUGCCCUGAACAGCGACAUCAUGGUCUUGGAGGCUGAUGUCAACGUGGAAGGACUCAGUACAGUCAACGAGACAGGGGUCCCCAUCAUGGCCCACCCCCCAGACAUCUACAGCGACAACACCCUGCAGCACUGGCUGGAGACUGUGCUGGCCUUCUCCCAGCGGGGCAUCAAGUUGGACUUUAAGAGCAUCAAGGCCGUGGGCCCAUCCCUGGACCUCCUGCGGAAGCUGACAGAAGAGGGCAAAGUCCGUAGGCCUGUGUGGAUCAAUGCAGACAUCCAAAGGGGCCCCAAUGUACCACUGCCCAUCGAAAUCAAUGCUACCCAGUUCCUGGCCUUGGUCCAGGAGAAGUACCCUCAGGCCACCCUGUCUCCAGGCUGGACCACACUCUACGUGCCCCAGCUCCCGAACAGCACGUACACCCAGGCCAUGAUAGAGCAGAUGCACAGGCUGGUGGGCACACUGCAGCAGAAAAUCACCUUCCCCGUGCGGGCAGUCAUGGGGAGGGCUGCCUGGCCUCACUUCAGCUGGCUGCUGGCCCAGUCAGACAGGUACAGCCUGACGCUGUGGCAGGGAACAAUAGACCCCGUGACGGUGGACGACCUCCUCUACAUGCGGGACAACUGUGCCAUUCACCAAAUCUACUAUGACCUCUUCGAGCCCGUCUGGUCACAGUUCAAGCAGCAGGCCUUGAAUGCCACACGGAAGCGAACAUACUACUCAGGGGGCAGCCUGAUCCCCAUACUCCAGGCACCCGGGGGUGAUGGACUGGGUGUAGAAUGGCUCCUUCCGGAAGUCCAGGGCCAUGGAAGAUUGGCAAAAGUCACCCUCCCAGAUGGAGAAGGCAUGAUCCUAUUGAACGUCAGCCUUGAGGAAACUACAGCUGAAGAUCCCAUGCCCACCGUACAUGCUGCAGGCAAUGCUGCCAUCCUGCUUGAGUCGUGCCUGAUGCAGCUGGCCAUGCUCCCCGGACGCUGGGGCAUCCAUGUGCACAUCGCAGAGCCCAGAGCCCUCCGGCCAUCCCUGGCCAUCCUGGCACGCCUCUCCAGCCUGAACCACCUGCCUUGGCCUGUGUGGGUUGGGGCCAUCAUCUCCCAUGGUAGCUUUACAGUCCCCGGCUACAUGGCCGGCCAAGAGCUGCUCACAGCUGUGGCUGAGGUCUUUCCCCACGUGACUGUGGCCCCGAGCUGGCCAGAGGAAGUGCUGGGCAGUGGCUAUGGGGAGCAACUGCUCACAGACAUGCUGGAGCUAUACCAGGGGCUCUGGCAGCCGGUGUCAUUCCAACUACAGGCCAGGCCCCUGGGCCAGAGUGCAGCUGGAGUUGUAGCCAGGCUGCUGGCAGCUUCUCCAAGGGCUACAGUCACAGUGUACCACAGCCCCGCAGACGGCGAGGAUGCAGCAGUGCAUGCGGGGCUGCUGGCAGCCAGAAAUGUCGACAGGACCCGUGUCUACUACAGACUGCCCCAGGAGUAUCGCAAGGACUUGCUGGCCUAGGAUGUGGGCAGACAUUGA